CCCAGCCAACUGUGCAGUAUCUGCAAUGAUUAAAACGAUCAAAAAUGCAGCUUCGUGUGAAAAAGAAGUCACUGCCUGUUUUUACUUGUAUUUUUACUGCUGAGUUUUAGAAUUUUAGCAUUCUUACUAAUGUAAGUUUUUUUUAGAAACCACAGUAUACUUUUCUAAAAGGGGAGCACUGCCGAUGCGUUCUAAAUUUAAUUACUUGUAUUUGUGCCCUUAACCUUCCUUCAUUAUGGAUUUCUUAAAUCCCUUACUAUCUUAGCAGGGAUCUUUGAAUUCUAUUUUGGUUGGUUCUUCUGUUGUAGUAACGAGAAAGGAAAAAUAGUUGCUGGGAGUGCAAAAAUAAAUGACACUUUGAUAUUUUCUGUACUGCUUGCUUUUGCAUCAUUGUGGUUGAAUACUUUUUGCUGAUUUUAUUUUAAGUUGCUAAUUAACUGUGAUUGUAGCCCUGGAAUGAAUACAGAUAAUUUUCUGGUUAACCUAUGGCUUAAACUUGACUCUAGAAACUGUCAGAGUGGUUUAUGAGGUAUAUUUCAGGAAGCAGAUUUUUGGGGUGGGGGGUGGUGGGAAGGUGAGGCUUUCUCUCCUGGGGAACGUCAUGGCAUUUGAAUACUUCAGAUUAUAUGUUUCUGUAAAACACAUUGAAGAAAUGAAAACUGUUUAAUGUUAGCCUUAAUUUUGUCAAACUUCUAUGUAUAUUUUUGUUAUUGCAAAUUACUUUUAUUGUUUAGUUUUAAGGAUGUGGCAUUUAGAAUUUUUGCUUUAUGUUUUUGUUAAGUUUGGGGCAAAAAUCUUAUGAAUUGUUAAGUAAACUAGAAAAAAGCUCCAGUACUUUGAAGAGGAAAAGCAUACAAUGUAUCUUUAUCUUUCUCUAAAUUCUUAAAAUGUCUGUGUUGCUAUCAAGUGUGACUGAGUUCUUGAUUGCAUUAUCAUUGCCUAAAGACACAGACAAGGCUUUUUUUUUUUUCUGGUUAGGAUUACUUAAUAAAAACAAAUAUGGUAAGUUAUAGAUGAUAGUCAUACCUAAUAAUUUCCUUUGCCCAACUGAAUGUCUUUUGUGUAAUAGCUUAAAAUAAAUAUUAUUUUUAGUGUUUUGAAAGUAGUAUUUAAAGAUUUGAUACAACAAUAAGAGUCUGUGUUUUAAUAAGCUUCUGUCUCUUAGCCCUAAAAAAGAAUCUUCUUAUGGGAUAUAAAAAUCUUGUAUUGAACUUGUGCAAGCAGUACUGGAUUGAGAAGGUCUGGGUUCUCGUUCUUCCGUUGAGCAGCUGUCUCUCCUUGGACAGAUCACCUACCUUCUCUGAAUUUGUUUAGUUGUGUGCAAAGUGAAGUAAAUAGCUCAAAGUUGUUCCGAGAGGAACAUGAAAUAAUGCUUGUAAAAUUCUCUGUGAAUUAUAAAAGGCUUUAUAAACAUCAGUUAUAAUAAUUUCAUUUCCUUUAGUAGCUAGGUUCUGCUGAAAGUAUUCUCUCCAAGAUUAUACUUGCAUCAAGAAAUAGAUCCCAAGAGAAGACUUCCAUUAGUAAUUUAAUCAGUGCAAGUGACAUUAAGGAACUAUGGAUGUAGAAAAUGAGCAAAUACUGAAUGUGAACACUGCAGAUCCUGAUAAUUUAAGUGACUCUCUUUUUUCUGGUGAUGAAGAAAAUGCUGGGACUGAAGAAAUAAAAAAUGAGAUAAAUGGAAAUUGGAUUUCAGCAUCCUCCAUUAAUGAAGCUAGAAUUAAUGCCAAGGCAAAAAGGCGCCUGAGGAAAAAUUCAUCCCGGGACUCUGGCAGAGGUGAUUCAGUCAGUGAUAAUGGAAGCGAAGCCCUUAGAAGUGGAGUAACUGUACCAACCAGUCCAAAGGGAAGGUUGCUAGAUAGGCGAUCCAGAUCUGGGAAAGGAAGGGGACUACCAAAGAAAGGUGGUGCAGGAGGCAAAGGUGUCUGGGGUACACCUGGACAGGUGUAUGAUGUGGAGGAGGUGGAUGUGAAAGAUCCUAACUAUGAUGACGACCAGGAGAACUGUGUUUAUGAAACUGUAGUUUUGCCUUUGGAUGAAACAGCAUUUGAGAAAACGUUAACACCAAUCAUACAGGAAUAUUUUGAGCAUGGAGAUACGAAUGAAGUUGCGGAAAUGCUAAGAGAUUUAAAUCUUGGUGAAAUGAAAAGUGGAGUACCAGUGUUGGCAGUGUCCUUGGCAUUGGAGGGAAAGGCUAGUCAUAGAGAAAUGACAUCUAAGCUUCUUUCUGACCUUUGUGGGACAGUAAUGAGCACAAACGAUGUAGAAAAAUCAUUUGACAAAUUACUGAAAGAUCUACCUGAACUGGCAUUGGAUACUCCUAGAGCACCGCAGUUGGUGGGCCAGUUUAUUGCUAGAGCUGUUGGAGAUGGAAUUUUAUGUAAUACCUAUAUUGAUAGUUACAAAGGAACUGUAGAUUGUAUACAGGCUAGAGCGGCUCUGGACAAGGCUACUGUGCUCCUGAGUAUGUCUAAAGGUGGAAAGCGCAAAGACAGUGUGUGGGGUUCUGGAGGUGGGCAGCAGUCUGUUAAUCACCUUGUUAAAGAGAUUGAUAUGCUGCUGAAAGAGUAUUUACUCUCUGGAGACAUAUCUGAAGCUGAACAUUGCCUUAAGGAACUGGAAGUACCUCAUUUUCACCAUGAGCUUGUGUAUGAAGCCAUUGUAAUGGUUUUAGAGUCAACUGGAGAAAGUACAUUUAAGAUGAUUUUGAAUUUAUUAAAAUCUCUUUGGAAAUCUUCUACCAUUACCCUAGACCAAAUGAAAAGAGGUUAUGAGAGAAUUUACAAUGAAAUUCCGGACAUUAAUCUGGAUGUCCCACAUUCAUACUCUGUGCUUGAGCGAUUUGUAGAAGAAUGUUUUCAGGCUGGAAUAAUUUCCAGACAACUCAGAGAUCUUUGUCCUUCAAGGGGCAGAAAACGUUUUGUAAGUGAAGGAGAUGGAGGUCGUCUUAAACCAGAGAGCUACUGAAUAUAAGAACUCUUACUGUCUUAGAUGUUAUAAAAAAUAUAUAAAUAUAUCUGAAUUGUAAGAGUUGUUAGCACAGGUUUUUUGUUUUUUGUUUUUUUUUUUUGAAGCACUUGUUUUGGGUACAAGGCAUUUCUGAAAUUUUAUAAACUUACAACAUAAGGGGAAUUUUUAAAGGAAUUUUUUUUUAUCUUUUCUUUCUUUCUUUCUUUCUUUCUUUUUUUUUUUUUGGAGGGUAUAAAGGAGGGACAGAGGAGUAACCACUUCUUAAGUGGAAUAUUCUCAUAAGCUACCUUUUGUAAGUGCCAUGUUUAUGACCUAAUCAUUCCAAGUUUUGCAUUGAUGUCUGACUGCCACUCUUUUCUUUCAAGGACAGUGUUUUUGUAGUAAAAUCACUGGUUUAUACAAAGCUUUAUUUAGGGGGUGAAGUUAAGCUGCUAAAACCCCAUGUUGGCUGCUGCUGUUGGAAUACUGUGCUUUGGGAGUAAAAAAAAAAAAAAAAAAGUUAUUUCUUUGUCUUAAAGAAUUUUAAGAAAAUGAGUUAGUCAUAAGACUUAUUCAUUUUUCCAGGGAACAUAUUGAUUGGUCUUAAAGACUAGACUAGACAGUUAAAUAAAUGGUGGCUGGAACAUCUAUUUUUCUACAAAACUGGAAAAAUGAACCCGGUUCUAAAAGAAUGUAUGACAAAAUAAAACAUGUAAAGCAGUGUUGAUUCUUUAUUGGGAAUACAUAUAUUUUAGGUCUUUAUAAAAACGUUUAUUUUACGCAGCAAAUUUUAAAUCCUAUAAGGGAGUAUAUUUGAACCUAGUGAAUUAAACUUUGUUCUUUGCAAACUUUUAAAUCAAAAGUACAAUAGUAGAUUCUUUUAAUAUUAUCUGCGGGAAAUACCAUACAUGUUUUCUAACCUUCUCUAAAAUAUAAUACCUUUCAUCAUUCUUAAGUUCUGUUACCAACUGUUAUAAAAAAUUAUUCUUCAGAGACUCAAAAGUUUUUACAUUUAUCCCAAUAUCUGAGAAAAUAGUAGCUACCAAUAAAUAAUAGUUCUUUAAAGAAUGUUCACAUUUCUAACCUCUUUUGCAGAGCCUAAUUACUCAGCAAGGGCUCAAGGUCUAUGAUAAUUUAAAUAGUCUAAUAUUGAUUGUAGCAACCAGCCAAGAAUUAUAUUCAGAUUUAUAAACAUAUUCUUAGGAAUAUGCCCAUUACAGGUUUAGGCAGUCUCUUAGAACUAAAACCCCAAAUUUAACGUUCAUAUUUAUGUCAUGGGCUCUUUGAAGUCUAUAUUUUUUUCUGUUUUUAGGGUUUUAAUUGUGUUUGAUACCUGGAUGAUAAAGGUAGCCCCGGUAAUUCUUUAUUUCUUAAAGUCAGUAUCGGUAAAAGCUCAGGGGACUACUUGAUAAGUGAAGGUUUCUUAAAAAUCAAAUUUGUUUAAGAAAUACAGUUUUGUCAGGGUAGGACCAGUUGGUCAGGCAAAAUAGCCUUAAAUAAGAAACACAAACUUCAUAAACAAGUUUUAAAUUUAGGUAAUAAUGUAAAAGCCCCAAAACGCUUUGUACGAGAUUAGAAUGUAUCUUCAAAUUCAGUUUUUAAUAAACAUGUAAAGAUUAUCUGAAUAUAAAA